GCAGCAGCAGCAGUAGCAGCUUCCCUUCUCCUUCCCCCUGCUCCUCUUCCUUCUCCUCCUGAGAGGCAAGCAAGAUGGAAGGGCUUCUCAAGAAGCUGCAGAAGGAGGCCUCCGGGAACAGGUACAAGGCCAUCAAGGAGAGCUGCGCCUCCGCCAACGAAACUUUAGAAUCUUCUGAGGCUGGUACCAAGAUCCCACCAUAUCAGUUAAGGGAGAAGUGUCUGCUUCCACUCCAGCUAGCUUUGGAAAGCAAGAAUGUGAAGCUGGCCCAGCAUGCUCUAGCAGGGAUGCAGAAGCUACUCUCCGAUGACCGCUUUGUAACCAUGGAAACAGACUCUGAUGACAAGCAGUUGCUUAAUCAGAUGCUGAAUGCAGUCAGAGUGACUCCUUCCCUCAAUGAAGACCUGCAGGUAGAAGUGAUGAAGGUCCUUUUGUGUAUAACAUUCACUCCAACAUUUGAGUUAAAUGGGAGCUCCAUAUUAAAGAUUGCUGAGGUUUGCAUUGAGACCUAUGUCUCCAGUUAUCAUCAGCGGAGUAUUAAUACAGCUGUACGGGCAACCCUCAGCCAGAUGUUGAGUGAUUUGACUUUACAGUUACGGCAAAGACAAGAAAACACGAUAAUUGAGAGCCAGAGUGUUCUUCAGGGAUUCAAGAGCCCAGAUACAACAACAGAGUCCCUUUGUGAUGAUGUUGUCUCUGUCUUCACUGUUCUCUGUGAAAAGCUUCAGACAGUUAUCAGUGAGCAUCAGCAGCUGCAACUUCUUUACCUGGAAUGCAUUCUCUCAAUGCUGACCAGUUCCUCUCCUAGCAUGCGCCACCAUAAAGGAUUCACUGACCUCAUAUGGAAGCAAUUGUGCCCAGCCCUCAUAGUAAUCUUGGGAAAUCCAGUUCAUGAUAAAACCAUCACCUCUGCUCACAGCAGCAGUGGCCAUGAGGCAGAUGCACCUUCCUUGGGGGUCUCUGAUCAUGGCCGAGGAUCUGGUUGCUCUUCAACAGCACCUGCCCUUAGCAGUCCUGUGGCCCGGACGAUCUACUACAUUGCAGCAGAACUUGUGCGAUUAGUGGGAUCAGUAGAGUCCAUGAAGCCUGUCUUGCAGUCUCUUUACCAUCGGAUGCUUCUGUAUCCCCCACCUCAGCACAGAGUGGAAGCUAUCAAGAUCAUGAAAGAGAUACUUGGCAGUCCUCGACGACUCUGUGAUUUGGCUGGCCCCUGCUCCACUGAACCAGAAUCCAGAAAGAGGUCCAUUUCAAAAAGGAAGUCCCAUCUGGAUCUUCUCAAACUUAUUCUGGAUGGGAUGACAGAAGCUUGCAUUAAAGGUGGGAUUGAAGCAUGCUAUGCCUCCGUUUCUUGUGUCUGUGCCCUGCUUGGGACUUUAGAUGAGCUAAGUCAAGGGAAAGGCCUGGAUGAGGAGCAGGUCCAUCUGCUUAUCCGACGCUUGGAUGAGUUAAAGGAUGGGGCUGAGACAAGUCGGGAUUCCAUGGAGAUCAAUGAUGCUGAUUUUAGGUGGCAAAGACGUAUUCUGUCCUCUGAACAGACACCCUGGGAUGCAGGCAAUGAAAAAAGUCCUGAUAUUAGCAUUAGUGUCACCACGGAUACGGGUCAGACAACGCUAGAAGGAGAUUUGGGACAAACCACUCCAGAAGAGCAUUCUGACAUUCGUAAAAAUUCCCUGCAAUCACCAGCUGGACACACAGGGAGAGAAAUUCAUUACAAAGACCCAGAAUCAGAAACUAUUGACCAACCUGAUGUUGUCCAGCGGAGCCAUACAAUGGUUUACCCAGAUAUAACUAAUUUCCUUUCAGUUGAUUGCCGAGCACGUUCAUGUGGAUCCAGGUACAGUGAGAGUAAUUUCAGUAUUGAUGACCAGGAUCUUUCAAGGACUGAAUUUGACUCAUGUGAUCAAUAUUCCAUGGCAGCAGAGAAAGAUUCUGGAAGGUCAGAUGUUUCAGACAUAGGUUCAGAUAACUGCUCCUUGGCUGAUGAAGAACAGACACCAAGAGACUGCCUUGGUCACAAGUCUUUACGGACUGCAGGCCUUUCCUUAAAGCUGCUGAAAAACCAAGAAGCUGAUCAGCACAAUGCCAGACUGUUUAUCCAGUCCCUCGAAACUCUUCUCCCUCGACUUAUAGCACUUCCAAAAGUAGAAGACAUUGAUUUGGCCCUACAGAAUUUUGCCUCAACUUUUUGUUCAGGUAUGAUGCAAUCCCCAGGUUUUGAUGGAAAUGCCAGUUUCACCUUCCAGACACUGAUGAAUGCAGAUAGUCUGUAUAUGGUCUCUCACUACAUUCUUCUGCUGAACCUAAAGUUGUCCAAUGCAGAUUACUACAGAAAGAAGCCUGCCCAGUCCCCUGUGUUAAUGAAGGAAUUUAUGAAGCAGGUCCAGUCCAGUGGAGUUUUGAUGGUAUUUUCUCAGGCUUGGGUUGAAGAGCUUUACCAUCAAGUAUUGGAGAGAAAUCUUCUUGCAGAGGCUGGAUAUUGGGGAAGCCCUGAAGAGCAUAGCCUUCCACUCAUCACCAUGUUAACAGACAUUGAUGGGUUGGGGAGCAGUUCAAUAGGUGGGCAAUUGAUGGCUUCUGCAUCCACGCAGUCUCCUCUCACCCAAAACUGGAAGCCAGAUGAUGCUCUUGUGGCAGGUGUAGCCUUUGCCCGAUACCUGCUUAUUGGUUGUUGGAAGAAUUUGAUUGAUACAUUAUCAACACCUCUGACUGGCCGUAUGGCAGGGAGCUCUAAAGGAUUAGCAUUCAUUCUUGGAGCUGAAGGAGUCAAGGAGCAAAACCAAAAGGAGAAGGAUGCCAUCUGCAUGAGUCUGGAUGGAUUGAGGAAGGCAGCCCGGCUUAGCUGUGUUUUAGGAGUAGCUGCUAAUUGUGCCUCUGCCCUCGCUCAGAUGGCUGCAGCUUCAUGUGUUCAAGAGGAAAAAGAGGAAAAGGAGACCCAAGAGCCCAGUGAUGCCAUAGCCCAAGUAAAACAGAAAGUGGAGCAAAAACUGGAGCAGAUGGGGAAAGUCCAAGGGGUCUGUCUGCACACAGCUCAUGUUUUGUGCAUGGAUGCCAUUCUCAAUGUGGGACUGGAGAUGGGAAGCCACAAUCAAGACUGCUGGCCACAUGUCUUUAGAGUUUGUGAGUACAUCAGCACUCUGGAACAUGCUCAUUUCAGCGAUGGCACCUCUCAAGCACCUGUAACUAUUACACAGGCACAACAGGCCCCCAGCACACCACAGGGAGAUGGUCAGCCUACAGACUCUUCCCAGGAAUUGACUGACGAGGAAGAGACAGCUCUGAGGAACACCCCCGUCAUCCAGCCAGUUUCCAUUCAGGAGCUCAUCAAAGAGAGUAGCAAGGGGAGAGCGUUUGACUUCCGUGGAGGUAGCCUGAUGAGUGGAAGCAGCGCUGCUAAAGCCAUCCUCACGCUCUCAACCCAAGCUGACAGGCUGUUUGAAGACGCGGUUGACAAGCUGAAUCUGAUGGCAUUGGGAGGUUUCCUGUAUCAGCUGAAGAAAGCUUCUCAGUCCCAGCUCUUCCACUCUGUUACUGACACUGUUAAUUACACUUUGGCAAUGCCAGGAGAAGUAAAAUCCACUAAAGACAAGAAAAGUGCCCUCCACCUGUUCCGCCUGGGAGGGGCUAUGCUUCGAAUCAUAAGAAGCAAAUCACGGCCUCUGCUUCAUCUCAUACGUUGCUGGAACCUGGUGGCACCUCACCUGGUCGAAGCUGCCUGUCACAAAGAAAGGCAUGUUUCUCGGAAGGCUGUCUCUUUCAUCCAUGAUAUCCUAACUGAGGUUCUGACAGACUGGAAUGAACCACCUCAUUUUCAUUUUAAUGAGGCUCUGUUCCGUCCCUUUGAGCACAUCAUGCAGUUGGAACUCUGCGAUGAGGAUGUCCAGGACCAGGUGGUCACAUCAAUAGGGGAACUGGUGGAAGUGUGCUCUACUCGGAUCCAGUCAGGCUGGAGACCAUUGUUCAGUGCACUAGAAACUGUGCACAGUAGCAGCAAAUCAGAGGUUAAAGAAUAUCUUGUUGGAGACUAUUCAAUGGGAAAAUGCCAGGCCCCUGUGUUUGAUGUCUUUGAAGCAUUUCUAAAUACAGACAACAUCCAGGUUUUUGCAAAUGCAGCCACCAGCUACAUCAUGUGCCUUAUGAAGUUUGUCAAAGGACUGGGGGAAGCAGAUUGCAAGGAGAUUGGAAGUUGUGUCCCAGGAUCAGGUUCCAUGUCUACAGACCUGUGCCUUCCUGCUCUUGAUUACCUCAGGCGCUGUUCUCAGUUGCUUGCCAAAAUCUACAAAAUGCCUUUGAAGCCAAUUUUUCAAAUUGGAAAACUUGCUAACUUGCCACAAAGGAUACAGGAGCGCUCUGCAAGCAGCGAGGAUGGCAUUGAGUGUGUCCUUUCUGAGUUUGAUGAUGACACAGGCCUUAUUACUGUCUGGAUCCUUCUUCUGGAAGAGCUGACAACUGCUAUAUCAAACUGCCCUCGUCAGCACCAGCCUCCCACUUUGGAUUUGCUCUUUGAACUAUUGAGGGAUGUUACCAAAACACCCGGCCCUGGAUUUGGUAUGUAUGCAGUUGUACACCGUCUGCUCCCUACAAUGUCCCUUUGGCUUCGUCGCAACCACAGCGAUCAUUCUUACUGGGAUGCAGCAUCUGCGAAUUUCAAGCAUGCUAUUGGACUUUCUUGUGAACUAGUUGUGGAGCACAUUCAAAGCUUCAUACAUUCAGAUAUUGGCUAUGAGAAUAUGAUCAACACAAUGCUCAAAGACCUGUUCAAUUUACUGGUAGCUUGUGUAGCAGAACCCACAGAAAGCAUAUCAAGAGUUGGGUGUUCCUGCAUCAGAUAUGUGCUUGUGACAGCUGGUCCUGUUUUUACAGAAGAAAUGUGGAGGCUGGCAUGCUGUGCAUUACAGGAUGCCUUCUCAGCUACUCUUGAGCCAGUGAAGAAUCUGUUGGGCUAUUUCCACAGUGGCUCUGAAAACUUUAGUGGUGAUGCCUGUGAGGUGAAAGUGGCAGCUCCUUCCCUCUCCCCUAGUGCUGAAGCAGAAUAUUGGAGAAUACGGGCCAUGGCCCAGCAGGUGUUCAUGUUAGACACACAGUGCUCCCCCAAAACACCAAACAAUAAGGAGGGAUUUGAACAUGCUCAGUCCUGUGUGCUUAUCAUUGAGUUGCCUCCUGACAAGAAGCCUAAUGGCCACUCACAGAAAAGGAAGCUUGGUAUCCCUUUCAGAACAAUUGUAGUGAGCCUACUGUCCCAUCAAGUGUUGCUGCAGAAUUUAUAUGAUAUUUUGUUGGAAGAAUUUGUUAAAGGGCCCUCUCAUUCUGAAGAGAAGAUGGUUCAACAGCCACCAGAAACCAAACUGGCUGGCUUCCUCAGGUACAUUUCUAUGCAGAAUUUGGCAGUCAUUUUUGACUUACUGCUGGAUUCCUACCGAACUGCCAGAGAGUUUGAUACAAGGACUGGGUUGAAGUGCUUACUCAAAAAGGUAUCUGGCAUUGGGGGAGCUGCCAACCUGUACCGCCAGUCAGCAAUGAGCUUCAACAUCUACUUCCAUGCCUUGAUCUGUGCCAUUGUAACCAACCAAGAGAACAUUACUGCAGAACAGGUGAAAAAAAUACUCUUUGAAGAGGAUGAAAGAAGCACUGAUUCAUCUCAACAGUGCUCUUCUGAAGAUGAAGACAUUUUUGAAGAGACAGCUCAGGUAAGCCCACCAAGAGGGAAGGAGAAGAGACAGUGGAGGGCCAGGCUGCCAUCUUUGAGUGUCCAGCCUGUCAGCAAUGCAGACUGGGCUUGGCUAAUUCAAAGGCUUCAUAAGCUGUGCAUGGAAUUAUGUAACAACUAUAUUCAAAUGCACCUGGAUUUGGAAAAUAGUGCAGAUGAGCUUCCAGUCUUCAGAAGUGACACUUUCUUCAUCCUUCCAUCUUUCCAAUCUGAAACAUCUACCCCAUCUACCGGAGGACUCUCUGGGAAGGACACCCCUUCAGAAGAUGACAAAAGCCAAAUGAGGGACUCACUCACAGAGACUGUUACUCCUAAGGGAGGGAAUGGAGAUAUGCUGCUCAUUCCACCAUUGAGCCCCAGAACAGAGAAGAAGGACCAGGGCAGAAAAAAAGAAUGGUGGGAGAGUGCUGGCAACAAAAUCUACACCAUUGCCACUGACAAAACCAUAUCAAAGCUAAUGACAGAAUAUAAGAAAAGGAAACAACAGCAUAACUUGGCUACUUUUACCAAAGAGAUGAAAGCAGAAAAGAAAGGAGACCCCUUAAGCUCAAGAGGGCCAGAUUCACCCCUUCUACAAAGGCCACAGAAUCUGGUUGAUCAAGGCCAGAUGAGGCAUUCCUUCAGUGCAGGCCCAGAGAUUUUGAGACAAGAGAAGAGGCCACGCUCUGGAUCGACCGUUAGCUCACUCAGUAUAUCUAUUCGAGAUGGAGAGGCACAGAUACAGGCAUGGACCAAUAUGGUACUGACAGUUCUUAACCAAAUCCAGUCCCUUCCUGAUCAGAUCUUCACUGCCCUCCAACCAGCUGUCUUUCCCUGCAUCAGUCAGCUGACAUGUCAUGUGACCGACAUUCGGGUUCGUCAGGCUGUAAGAGAAUGGCUGGGAAGAGUCGGCAGAGUUUAUGACAUUAUUGUGUAAUAGACACUGGUUGUGUUUCCAAGCAAACAGACAACAUCUAAGGCACUUCAAGGCAUACAAAUAGAGUGGCAGACAGGUGUAGUUAUAACUGCCUAUUCAAUGGCCAUUCUUACCAGGCAACUUUUAUCACACACUGUUAACUGAUUAAGAGCACAAUCCAUUCUUGCUCAUGCCUACAAGGUAAUAUGAUGUGGCAGUAUGGCUCAUAUGCUAAGUGCCACAAAAUAAUAUACUGCAUAUUAAAUCAGGAAAUGCUAUUAAAUCAGGCUGAAACAUGAAAACUCAUCAGAUUAGAGGCUGUGUAUUUGUUACAGACAAAAUGUUAGACUGAAGUACAGUAUUUCUCUGUAGGAAGAAGGAAAAGGCAGAUUGCAAUGUCAUCUCAAUGCUGGCAAUACAAAAUGGACACCUGCAUAAAUUCAGCUUGACAAGAAAUUGUUGAACUGUUUCAGUUUCAAACAAUUUCUGUAGUAAAAUGUUCUCAAAAAUCAAAAAGCUUUGUGUUCAAAAUUUAUUUGGGAGUACAACAGUUGUUAGGUAUUUUUGGUACAGAACCUUGAUAUGCUCUAUACUUGCACUCAUGGAUAAGGGGGAAAUCAGCAAGUAGUGAGUAGAAUUAAUGGAUGCCUUUUAAAAACAGGUAAUUAGAAAUAGGCCUUCCAAAUUCCAAUAAUGACUGCAUAGUGAGAAGAUAAGUUUCACUCCAUUUCUCACAUUGGGAGAUUUUUCUGUACAGGCAAAUCUAUCACACUGUCUCGUGAACUUUAAGGUGGGUGUAAUAUGCCUGAACGGAUUGCAGUCCUGUAACCAGAUGAAAAACUGUGUGCACUUGCCUAAUGAAUACCAUAGACUUCAGGUGGUUUCUUCCCCUCUCUCCAUAUGUCUUAAGGUGAGAAAAAGUCAUCAUAAAUAUGGCUUAUGAUUGUUUUUGUCAAAAUAUAAAGCAGUUCCAAGCAGCUUCUUUGAAUUGUAUAUUGAAGGUGCACAUAUGUCACCUCAUUGGUUAUUUUUUAAAAUUCCCUGUUUUCAGAUUCUGUGGCCAUGCCACUGUGUAAUUAUACCACUAAAAUUAUCACUUGGAAAUAAGCUGGAAUUAAUGUUUGGAGGAAAUAUUUUAUACUUAUUUAUAUCACAUUUUAUACUUACAAGCGUCUUGAAAGGUAGAUUAGGUUAAGAAGCCAAGGGUUACCUAGUGAGUUUUACAGCUGAGCAGGCAUUUAAACUGAGAUUUUGCAUACCAUUAAUACCUUCCACUAGUCACACUGUAUCUCUAAAACUCUUAAACCAGGCUAACAUGCACCUGAUUAUAAAGGCUGUUAGAAAAUGAGCUGUUUGAUAGGUGUGUGGCCAACUCAUUAUUUGUUUGCUGCAGUUUAUGUGCUGCCUUUUUCCUGCUGCUUUCAGUGAAUCAUACCUUAAAAUAAUGGCUAACCAUUUCAUGAAUUUGGUACAAAAGAGAAAAGACAAUACAAGAAGACUGAGCAAAGGCAGGUAUCUUGAUCACAUCAGCCAGUUAGGAAAAACACUGGGCAGUUGGUCUUAGCUGAGCUGUUGGCAAAGGGCUUGCUGUUUCAUCUCACCCUCUAAUGUAGCCAGUAAGAAGAGUUAUUGAAGGAAGUAGCUCCCUGAAAGGAGUGGCCAAGUGGAAGAUGGUCCCAGAUUAACCAGAAGCAGCAAUUUGCUAACCAGAAUAAUUUUAGGAAAGAGAGAGAGAGAGAGAGAGAUUAAUGGUCCUAGUAGAAGGUUCUUAUAGUCUCAUUCUUUAAACUAGUUCCAAAAUUCAACAUCUAGCUGUCACAUGCCAGCCAGUUGAAAAUAGCAUCCCUGUGUCCCACAUGCAGGUCCAUCACAUACCAUAUAUAUCUGAGUGAUUCCUGCAAUCCCUCUCCUCUCUUUUUGAGAUCCUUAUUGGCAAGCAUGGCCUAACUACAGAGGCAAGAGUACCAGCCAAGUAGCCUGUGAUUCACACAGGGCAGCUCAGGGUCAGUAUCACAAAAGAUGUUGAGAUACAACUCUAGGUUGGUGCACCAGAGCCUCUUCUCCCAAGUCUGACGAGUGCAUGUGCCAAGCUAUAAGAGUCUUCAUCAGCCUGGUUUAUGAAGCAUUGCCUUGAAAAAUGACACCAUCAUUUCAUGAGUUCCUCUUCUCUCUAUCUCUUUAUUACUGUACUUUCUGGCGUAUAAGACUACUUUUUAACCCAAGAAAAUCUUCUCAAAAGUCGGGGAUCGUCUUAUACGCCAGAUGUCAUAUUAUAGGGCAGGU